AUGGACUCGAAGUCGGACAGCAGUUCUGUGGGGUCCAUUUCAGCCGACAUCUACGAGACGCUUUGUCAGCAACAAGUCGUGUCGCCCAAGGUGGCAACAUGGCGCGCCGCCGCCCACAGUGCCAGCAAGUCUCCCAAUCUUCUGCUGCGCCCUUGCCGUGUAUACCGCUUCGGCCCCGCAGCCCACCCGUUUGAGGCGCUGUUCCGGUGGGUUGGCAAGGGCAAGGGCGCCAAGUCCACUCACGCGCCGCAGGUGCAGCAAGGCGGAGCCAGCGAUGAAGAGUGCGGCCUACUUGAGGCUCUUCAUUCGCUGGUCAUCAGGGCAGCGAAGAAGCCGAAAUGCCUUUUGCAGCGCAUUCAAGUUGCGGUUGAUAUGGAUCUCGAGCCGACCGUCGUGGAUGAGGUGCGCACCGGCACGUACCGUCAGCUUUUCCACCCGGAGCAGUUGAUCUCCGGCAAGGAGGACGCGGCAAACAAUUUCGCACGCGGACACUACACGAUCGGGAAGGAGAUUGUUGACCUGGUGCUCGACAGGAUCCGCAAGUUGGCCGACAACUGCCGCUGGGCUGUCGGCUUGGAACUGGCACCAAACAGCACUGGCUUGCAGGGCUUCUGCGUGUACAACGCCUGCGGCGGAGGCACCGGCUCCGGCUUGGGUUGCUUGAUGCUUGAGCGCCUGUCCGUGGACUACGGAAAGAAGAGCAAGAUUUCCUUCACGGUCUGGUGCUGCCCCCAGGUGGCAACAGCAGUGGUCGAACCGUACAACACGGUCCUUUGCGUCCACUCCCUGUUGGAGCACACAGAUGUGACCAUCAUGUACGACAACGAGGCGCUGUAUGACAUCUGCCGCAGGAACUUGGACAUCGAGCGCCCGACCUACACGAACCUGAACCGUCUCAUCGCCCAGAUCAUCAGCUCCCUGACGGCCAGCCUUCGCUUCGACGGAGCCUUGAACGUCGACAUCACGGAGUUCCAGACGAACCUGGUGCCCUACCCGCGCAUCCACUUCAUGUUGACGUCCUACGCCCCGGUCAUCUCCGCAGAGAAGGCCUACCAUGAGCAGCUCUCCGUGGCCGAGAUCACGAUGUCCGUCUUUGAGCCGGCUUCCAUGAUGGUCAAGCAUCUCGGCCGACUUUUGAGCUGGUAA